CCACGUUCUAUAAUAUUUGGAAAUCACCGCGCGCCAUUUUAUUUGCUAUUUCAAUUGGACGGCCAGUCUGGAUGCCGGGAAUUACUGUUCCUGAGAUCAUGAGCUAAUUAUGCGAUGAGACACGCGACCGGAUUAGUCAGUGGCGAUUUUGUUGACAAUAACUCAGCUCAGGAAAAGACGAUUGCCCGUGUGCACAUGAUCCGACUUCCUCUGGUUUCGAUUCAGAGCGGAAAAUGCUCUUAUUUUCAGCGCCAACUCGCUAAUUUGUCCCAGGCACACUGCAGCGAGCCUUACAUGUGCAAAUCGAGGCGAUAAAUUAGAACCACUCGAGGUGCUAAUCAGAACAGACUGAGACUGAACUGGGCAAAACAUUUUGCCAAUUGUAUAAAUUGCGAUGCCAAGUCCACUGAGGCCAGACUUUACAAGCCACAGUCGUGCUAAAAGCAGUUCAAUUGCAAUAGAGCAGAUUACACCAGCCCUGAGUAGAAAACUCCCACAAAAUGCUGUCGAAUAAGCAAAUCUUUCGGUUGAUCGCCUGCUUUGCCGCUCUCAAUAUGGUGUGCGCCUAUCCCCAAGAGCGCCUCACCGCCACAGAAAAGAUUCAAAGACUGAGUGCUGCCACAGAAGCGGAUACCAAAGCCAUCAUUUCCAGCGAAGCCCUCGACAAUCUGUACAGAUAUGAGCGGACACUGACCCGUCUGAGGAGAGCACUGGACGAGCUUGCCUACGAGGAGGCGGCCGAUGACAUGGAGCUGGCGGAAAUAAAUGUGUUCCGCCCGCUCUUCCGCUAUCGGUCGCAGGUGGCCAAGCAAGUCGGAAGUACUCAGCAGCAGUUUGGAUAAGCCUCACAAGCUCAUUUAUAAUAUAUAAUAUAGGUAUAGACAUUUUCUCACACAGCCUCGUUUCCCUCAUUUUCAUUAUAUUUUUGUAUAAAUCUAAAUUAAGAAAUAAA